CAGAGACAAGGAGUGUACAUAGAUGGCCUUUGACUAGGUUUAAUAUUAUGACAUCACACCUGUCUUUGAAUAUAAACUCUGGAGACCUCAGAUUGGGUUUGCGACUGCUCUGUCCUUCAGCAUCUAACUACUUCAACUGUCUAUUACAGAGACUACAAUGUCAUCAAAACUAGUCAUUGAACAGCCUGCUCCAGUUAUGGAGUCAAAAGUCACUGACCACCAAUGGAGUACAGGAAUUUGUGACUGCUGUGAGGAUAUGCCUCAAUGUUGCUUUGCAUUUUGGUGUUGUCCUUGCUUCGCUUGUAUAACCACACGAGACUAUGGGCAGUGCCUUUGUCUCCCUAUGUUGGAAAUAUUUGGUGGUUUCAUUACACCGAUCAAUCUCGCUAUGAGAGUCUCCAUGCGUCAUCGCUAUGGCAUUGAAGACACCAUCUGCCGAGACUGUUUGUUUGCAACCUGUUGCACGGCAUGUUCCUGGUGCCAAAUGGCUACAGAAAUGAAGAGAAGAGCAAUCCCCAUCACGCUCAUCAGUGCCCGGCCUAAAGUAUAACCACACCUGCCCUCUCUCGUUGUAGUCUGCAUUGUAGUCUUGAACAGAUAUUUAUUUAUAUUUUUAUGCUAUAUCCAUUGUGUUUGUGUAUGUUUUCAUAAGUUAAGUGAAAAUAAGUUCCACAGAGAAACAAGCUCCAGAGCAGUCUGCUUGACCAUUCAAUGUCGGCUCCAUUACUUUCCAUUAAGUCAUUGAAUAAUUCAUUUUUUAUUAUCUCAACAUUGUCUAAAUAAAUCAAUAUAUCUUAUUUGUAUCUUUAUCGAAAAAUACCUAUGUAGCCCAAGUUGUAGUAUUUGUUAAUCUAUGUAUCGUCAUUUUUUAGAAAUAUAAAAUUCAGACUUA